AUGCGUGUGUGCUGGCUGGUGGGGACGGAGAAAUGCGGUCAGCGUGUGAGACUGCCACACCUGGAGGCAGUGGUACUUGGGCGCGGCCCGGAGACUGGGAUAACGGAUAAGAAAUGUUCACGGCAGCAAGUUCAGUUAAAAGCAGACUGUAACAAGGGAUAUGUCACAGUUAAGCAGAUAGGGGUCAACCCAACCAGUGUGGACUUUGUGAAUAUCGGCAAGGAUGAGGUGGUGAAAAUGAAACCAGGCCAAGUUCUGCACAUUGUGAAUAAACUUUACCCCUACACGGUGCAAUUUGCCGAGGAGUCAGGGAAAACUGCUGCAGCAGCAGAAGAGAAAAUACAAACCGGCAAGGUGCCGCAUGGGGGCUCCUGUGGGGAUGAUGAUACAGAGCUUGUGCCCAGAAAAACAAUGAAGAUGGAGGUGGGGGAUACACAAAGCAGUUCUGCAAAUCCCAAACUAAGCAAUACCAGCAUGUCUCCACUUGAAGGAACUUCAAGCAAAAAGGAACAUUUAGGACACUGGAGUCAGGGUCUAAAGAGCUCCAUGCAAGAUCCAGAAAUGCAGGUUUACAAAGAUGAAAAGACUGUAGUCAUCAAGGAUAAAUAUCCUAAAGCUCGUUACCACUGGCUUGUCUUACCAUGGGACCCUAUUUCAAGCCUGAAGUCACUCACCAGGAACCAUCUUGAACUCCUGGAACAUAUGCAUGCAGUUGGGCAAAAAAUGAUUGAACAGUGCCCUGACAAAGAGAGUCUGGAGUUCAGACUGGGUUACCACGCUGUCCCCAGUAUGAGUCAGCUACAUUUGCAUGUCAUCAGCCAGGAUUUUGAUUCUCCAGCCCUGAAAACCAAAAAGCACUGGAACUCUUUUACCACAGACUACUUCUUAAACUCUCAAGAUGCGAUAGAGAUGGUAAAAAGCAAUGGAAAGGUGAUGGUGAAAGAUCAUAUCUCUGAACUUCUCAAACUGCCCCUCAGAUGCCAUCAUUGCAAACAACAUCUGCCCACGGUCCCACAGUUAAAGGAACAUCUCAGGAAACACUGGCCUAAAUGACUUCGCAAAAUUCAUCUUUCAACCUGUCUUCAGAUUUCAGCCUAAAACAAAGAGCUCAAUGUUAGUGGAAAUGUAUGUUUGUUAAUUGGAAUGACAAAUGUAAUGUGGGGAAAAGUAACCUGCCAACAGCAGCAUACUUACUUUGUAAUACCUUAGACAA